UGUGUAGUUAUAAAGUCUCGUCAAGAGUUUAACAGCUCACCCGUUAGAUCGGCGUGUUAUGCGUCAGCGUGUCAGCGGAUAAUAGCGCAAGCACCGCUACCGCGAGCGACCGGUUGGUGGUCGGUUACCGUUGCCAGUGGUUCCCGUCGCGUGUGUGUCUCUCGUUCGUACGUCGUCUGGUAUACGUCCGGUCGCUUAAUCGGAGCAGAACGUGGUGCAAGCGCGGGGAGCAGCGAGUGAGAGAAAUAACAAGCACAGCCGGUGACGAGUAACCAACAAUGGUCGUGAAAAUCUACAUAUCGGGUAUCAGCGGCAACAAGGAAGUGAAGAAAAGACAGCAGCGUGUGUUGAUGAUUCUAGAUAGCAAGAAUGUGGAGUACGAGACCAUUGAUAUAACAGAACCGGGCAAGGAGUUAGAUAAAGAAUUCAUGCAAGCUAAUAGCAAUGCGAGGAACAACAAGUAUCCAUUGCCGCCGCAAAUAUUCAAUGAGGAUGAUUAUUGUGGGGAUUACGAAGACUUCGAUAUAGCAAAUGAAAUAGACGAAUUGGAAAAGUUCUUGAAAGUAACACCCGCAGUCAGCACGGCAGAAAUCACUCUGGAAUCAAAAUCUCAGAGCGAUGAGAUACAAGAAAACGGAAAUACUUCAAGUCGAGAGCCUUCCGCAGACAAAGAAGCAGUACUCUCCGAUAGUUUACAAGAAAGAACAGCUCUAGAGAGCGAGAAUAAAGCGUUAGACGAGUCAAAACCGACUGAAGUAGAUAGCGCUGCGAAAGCCAGCGAGGAAGGUGCCGAGGAUAGCGGUGAUAAAAACGAAGAGAAAUCCGACGAUCAAGAGAAAGAGGAAUAGAUGCAAAAGUAACACCCAUGUGAAAUUAUGGGAUAUUCCACACAGUGACAUCUUUUCUUUUCCACCUCCAAGCGUAUUUUGCAAAGCUACGUUUAUUACAAUACUAAGGCUGAACGAAGGUACUGCCAAGAUUAAUAUUCUGUAUUUGCGGAAAGUCUGUUAUGAACAAGUAUAUAAGUGGCGCAAUAGAACAUACUUUUGUAAAAAAAAAAAAAAAAA